CGCCGAUGCACCAAGUGCGGACCGGGACGUGGACGUCGGAGGAGCACGAGCUCUUCCUCAUUGGCAUUCAGAAAUACCCGAAAGGACCUUGGCGCAAGGUCGCCGAGCUCAUUCGGACGCGGUCCGUGCGCCAGACACAGACCCACGGGCACAAGUUCCGACUCAAGCUCGCACGCAUCGAGGCCCAGCGCUGGGUCGGCGGCUUCCGAUACCCCGUGCACCCGACCACCGCCCCGCUCAUUGUCACAGACGAGCUGCCGCCGCUCGCCCACGCUCUUGACUUUAUUCUCGAGCAGCUCAGCGAAUCCGACGACGAUCGACCACAACCCGCUAUGGUUGCAUCUUCCUAAUACAACACACUACCUUGCCUGCC